AUGGCAGCGUCUAACUACACCCUGAAGGUCAACAGGGGCCUUUUGGACCCGAACUUUGAGAGUUACCGGCUGUCUCUGGACGCCAUCCCGACGUACAACGUAGAGCUGGAUGCCGCUGUGGAGGAGGUGAAGCUGAAGGACUCUCAGUACACGCUGGAGCACAUGCGUGCCUUUGGCAUGUUCAACUACCUGCACCUGGACCCCUGGUACCAGGACAGCGUGCUGUUUGUGGACUGCAAAGGACGGGUUCUGAAUCUCACCGUCACCCUGGACACGGCCCUGGGGAAGCCCAGGGAGGUGUUCUCCCUGGGGGCCGAGCCGGGCCGGGGGGGGGAGCGGGUGUGCCCCUCCCUCAGCCUCACCUCGGCCACCUGGGCUGCCCUCCUCUCGCACGUCCAGGAGGGCGUCCACGCCGUGGAGGUCCUGCUGCUGCGCGUCCAGAAAGACCCGCCGGACACCCCGGGAAGUGGCUUCUCUGUGUCUCUGGAGUGGAUCACG